GUAAAAGUAUUAAGAAAAGACGGCACAGACGCCGAUACCAAUGAACUGGGACGAGUCGCUAUUAAGCUACCAUUACCUCCUGGAACCUUGUCAACACUCUACAGAGCCGAGGAAAGAUUUGUCAAAACAUACUUCAGUAAAUUCUCAGGAUACUACGACACGAUGGACGCCGGAUACGUGGACAAAGACGGCCUUAUUUACGUAACUGCUAGAGCUGAUGACGUCAUCAAUGUAGCUGGACAUAGAUUAUCUACCUUAGCUCUGGAAAAUAUUAUUCUCUCCCAUCCCGAAGUAGGAAUGGCUUGUGUAAUUUCAGUACCAGAUGAAAUUAAAAGUGAAGUUCCUGUCUGCUUAUUUGUUAUGAAAGAAGAUUCUGACCAAAGUGAUGGCAGCGUUUCCAAGGAAUUAGUUAGUAUGGUCCGAGAAAAGUUAGGACCAGUGGCUGCCUUUAAAUUAGCAAUCCCAACGAGAGGACUUCCCUUAACUAGAUCAGGAAAAAUAUGUCGAAAAUCUUUGGCGGAUUUGGCAAGAAAUAAACUUAAAAAGAUUUCUGCAACAGUCGUGGAUCCUACUGUUUACAAGGACAUUGAGGAGGUCUUGAGGAAAUACGGAUAUUGCAAUGCAGUAGAUUAA